AUGGGUGCCGCUUAUCACAUUUUGGGUAGAACUGUCCAACCACAUCAAUUAGCUCUUGCUACAUUGGGCUCAGUAGUAUUGUUGGUCUUGCCAAAACCAUGGGCUACUAAACCAACCCAUCCUUCCAUUAAUGCAUCAUCUCCAGAAGAAGAGAAAUUUGUCAAGGAAUGGUUAGCCAAACAAGAAAAGAAAGAAGAGAAACAUUAA